ACCCACAUAGCCGCAUUAUUCAAAUAAAACAAAAAUAUAUUCAACAAACUUUAUUUAAAAACUAUAAAUUACAAUGCUUUUGAAAAAAAGACAAAAACCAAAAAUAUUCAAAGCCAAAAUGAAAAUUUCGCCUAGUUUUUGUAAAUUUUUCCCGAACUGCGUCGAAAUUGACAAGCUGGCAGCCCUCAAAACAGGGUUGAAAGGGGCGCCGCCGGACCAGCUGUUGUGUCCAACAGGGAAAUGUUAUUGUUAAGUAAGCUCCUCCGCAUAUCUCAAAGAGGACAGGUUAAAAUCCAGUGGUCCAAGGACCCGGCAGCUGCCCACCGCCCACUCCCUCCGGCGACGACGCCCUCGUCUCGCGGUAUUUGGGGCUAUGUGGCUGUCGCCUUCAACCAAGUAGACGCCGAGAGGCUGGCAAAGGUCGGUCCCAAUCGCCUGUGCGCCGAAUGGAUUAUCAAGAAUGGAGGCGGUGUCCGCUUUGAGGAACACCCCACCAAGCUGUGGAAGGACUAUAACUCCCUGCCACUAGAAAACAAUCCCUUCUCUAUCAAGGUAGUGGACGCUAGCAAUGCCUCGAUUAUGAAAAUCGGCCUGGAGCACUUCAAGGGCUGCGAAGACAUUGAUACGGUCAUUUUUCACAAUUGCAAGCAUCUGGAGAACGACGGAUUGGAGGGGCUUCUGCACAUCAGUUCGUCGCUCGAGAGGCUACAGGUGUCUGGGUGCUACAACAUAACCGAUUCCGGCCUGGAGGUGAUUGGAGAGUUGAGCAAUCUGCAGCAGCUCAUUAUUUUUGAUAUGCUCUACGUCAAAAACAUGAAGGCAGUGGCGGCCAAAUUGCAAAAGCAGCUGCCAAGCUGUGUUAUCAAGGCAACUAGGCUGAGCGUUUCGUUGCAGCCCAGGAAAAAGGACCCAAAGUCUUAAGUCGACUAUUUGUUGUUCAGUUUCGGAGCCACCAAAUUUCUGUCGAUAAGAAAUUUACCAUUGACCUGAGGGAAACCAUUCAGUGGCAGCAAACGGGUAUUAUGUCUUAUAUUUAAUAUUCCUCUUAUGAUCAAAUAAAUUAUUGCAACAUUU